AUGAGUUUCUUUGGGAAACUCUACGAGCAAUACACAGAACUUUGGAAAGCGGUGAUCAGACCACCACGUGAUCAUUAUGAGAUCAAGGAUUUGGGGCCCCCAGUUUUCAGCAUCGAGAAUCGCACCUAUCAGCGAACGGAUCUUUCCUUGAAGAAUCCCAGAGGUCUUACGAUCGUGUGCAGCCACUUUGAGCCGAUUGCUGCGGAACGACCGGCCGAGCGGCUUCCCUGUGUCGUCUACCUGCACGGCAACUGCAGCAGUCGCUUGGAGGCCGUAAGCACCUUGCCUGUGCUCCUACCCUUCAACAUCACGGUCUUCUGCCUCGAUUUCGCCGGGUCUGGUCUCUCAGAUGGAGAGUACUUGAGCCUCGGCUACUACGAAAGAGAUGACCUGGCAGUUGUUGUGGACCAUCUUCGAGAAUCCAAUCGGGUGACAUGCAUCGGUCUCUGGGGUCGCUCCAUGGGUGCCUCUACGGCCCUGCUGCAUGCAGACCGUGACCCUUCAAUCGCCGGCCUUGUCUUGGACAGUCCAUUCUCGGAUCUGAAGGUGCUCUGUGAAGAAUUGGUGGAUGGCUACACCAACAGCCGCGUGCCCCGGUGGGUCACCGCUAUCGCCCUACAGAUGGUGCGAAGUUCCAUCAGCACUCAUGCGAACUUCGACAUCUACGACUUGGCUCCGGUGAGGCACGUGUCACAGUCCUUCAUUCCAGCUCUCUUUACUGCAGCGUACAACGACCACUUCAUCCAGCCGCACCACGCGAAGGAGCUCCACGCUGCGUAUGCUGGUGACAAGAACUUCAUCAUGGUCGAAGGGGACCAUAACACUUCUCGAUCGAAGUUCUUCAUGGAUUCAGUGUCCAUCUUCUUUUUCAACACCCUGCAGUGCGAGAUGUUGGUCAAGGGUGACUCUCAAAGUCAGGUCAGCUCUGUGGAUGUCUUCACUGCCAGGCCUUCGUCUGACUAUCAGCCGUUGAGACCGACUCCUGUCAUUGCGCCAGAUCCUGUCAGCACAAGAGACGAGGAUCCAGGGUGCAAAACUCGAGUUCCAGCUGUGACCCGUCACAGGUCCAAAGCAAGGAGAUCUACCAGUGAAAAGGUGAAGUUCUGCAGGAAAGAGCAUGUGAUGAGAUGGCGCUCGCGCACGAGACCCGACCCCAAGAAGAAGGAGGCGAAAGCCGCCUCCAAAAAGAAAAAUGGUUAUGCAGACAAAGGCGAGAAUCAGCGGAUGUCAGGUGAGCACAUCGGCUUUCAGAUUAGGACGGGCCCCGAUGCUCCCAGCAAAACAGGUGCCAGUAUGGACAUUGAUGUCAGCGAAAUUGUGGUUUUCGCGGGAAAGCAGGAGCUGCUUUUCAACGCCACCCUGAGACUUACCCAGGGCUUCAAGUAUGGUUUGAUUGGCCGCAAUGGUGUCGGCAAGAGCACACUCUUGCGCGCCAUGGCGGAACGUGAUGGUCAGGGGCACUCAGGUCGACCUGUUUCCGAAAAAUCAGGACCAGUUCUGUCAGCCAUGGCAUUCCCAAUCUACGAGUUUGUCAACAAGGACUUCGGAGAGCACACCUUCCAUGGCCAUGACCCAUGGCCCAAUGAGGAGCGGAAGGACGUCAUGUUCUACGCCUUCCAAGAUCAGGUGCAAGGCACGGAGCCAGUUUGGGACUUCUGGAAUCCCAAGGACAAAGAGCACACCUUUCACUUCGGGGAUCCAUGGGUCAAUGAGGAGAAGGGCUCCCAGCCAGUCUUCUAUGCCUAUCCCUUGGGCGAUGACAUGAAGGGGUUGUUGAAGCCUGUGCACAGUUUCUGGAACACCGGCAAGCAGAAACACGCCUUCCACAUGGGCGAUGCCAGACCUGGUGAGGACAAGGGCGAUGCCCAGUUCUUGGCUUUCUGUGAGCCACUGACCUGGAGGGGAAAAGUGAACUGUGACGGGGCACCUGCGCAAGACCGGGCCAAGUGGCUCAUGGAGAACAAGGGAAUGAACGAGGCCGAGGCCCAGGGCCAGGUCAUGUCGGAGUUCCCCAGCGUCUUUAUCCGUGGCGGCUAUAGCGGUGGUUCGAUGCCUGUAGCACCUACUGCUGGGAGCCCAAGAUCUGAUAUCAGCAUCUUUUCAAUCAUUGAAUCGUGUGAACAACACAUACCAACAUACUCUGCAACGACCACUCAAGAUCAGUACAGGUGGUGGAUGGAAAGUUCCCACACACCUUAG